UUGCUAGCACUUUGAGCCUUCCUUAUUUCUCAGAGAGGAAGUAUGUGGCCUGUUUGGCAAAUGCUGCUCUACAUGACAGUGUGAACUUCACAACACAUUCAUUCGACUGGCUGCUCCUCGACUUGAUCAGCUAAACCUUGCUGGCAGCAUGAGAGCAGUAUUAUGACUACGGCUUUUAUGACAAAUACUGCAACCUGGAAUAUCGUGCCUAGCAUUUAAAGUUCUGAAGAACUUUGACAGAAUUAGAGAGCACAAUGGGAAAUACUGUGAAAACGCCAAGAGCCUCUGAAGACACAAAUGUGCUGAGCCAAAUGGGUCAGGAGAGUGAUUUCCUGGCUGUCCUCUAUGACUACCCUUCAGCAGACAUAAGUCAACCUAUAUUUCACGUAGGGGAAAAACUGCGUGUGCUGUCAGAUGAAGGAGGCUGGUGGAGAGUCCAUUCCCUUACAACAGGUAGAGAGAACUAUAUUCCAGGAAAGUACGUAGCAAAGGUUUAUCAUGGCUGGUUAUUUGAAGGGCUGGGAAGAGAAAAAGCAGAGGAACUUCUACAGCUACCCAACACCAAGGUUGGCUCCUUCAUGAUCAGGGAGAGUGAAACUAGGAAAGGGCUAUAUUCCUUGUCAGUGCGGCACAGGCAAGUGAAACAUUACAGAAUCUUCCGCCUUCCAAAUAACUGGUAUUACAUCUCUCCACGCCAAACCUUUCAGUGCCUUGAAGACCUUGUGAAUCACUACUCAGAAGUUGCUGAUGGUCUCUGCUGUGUCCUUACAACACCUUGUCUUACCCAGUGCACUAACAGCAGCAUAACGAAUCGAGUUCCUCCUGUGGUGAUGCGGAAUAAAAACUUCAGCUGGAGAAAUAUUCACAGACUGGAGGUGACUGAAGAUACUGAAAGCACCCUGGCAGCAAUGGAUGAUUCUUGUCUCAGCUAUGGCCUGAGGGAAAGCAUUGCCUCCUACCUCUCCUUAACAGGGGAUGAUCACACUUCUUUUGCAAGUGCCAGAAAGAAGAAAGCCCAGUCUCUUAUAUACACAGGGAGCAAACGUAAAAGUGCCCUUCACUUGCCACCUACAUAUUAUGAAGACUAAAUGUAAGACAACUAGGGGAAUUUUUUUUUUUAAAGAAAGAGUGGUUAGAAGAGAAACCCAGCACAUCUUGUGGUCCUGCAGUCCUUCAACAGCUGAGAGAUACCAGCACACCAGCUGAUGAUCAAACACUGGCAAUGCUUCUGCAUUUCCUCUUCUGAAUGUUAACCAGAGACCUUAAGGAUGCUGUUUCAGCCAUGACAUAUGCUGGGAAUGUUCCCAGUGCAUCUGAAAUUAGAACUUGCUCACAAGCAGGAUAAACUCAGACAAGUCAAGAGCCAAGUAAGGCAGAUGACUCUUCAUCAAGGGUGAUGUCUGUCAUUAUACAAAGUUACUGCAUAGAGAAGGAUAACUACAGCUUAAAGACUUAAAUUCAGUCUUAAUCUGGCAUUCUUCACAAAGCUGGAACUCAUCUUUACAGAACUUCCCUGCACUGACAAAAGGAGCCUUUUUCUUUUCCAUAUAGAAUUAUCAAAUGAAUCAGAACGUUGUCAACAACCCUGAGAAAUUACCUAACACCCAUCAUCCAAGAGCCACCUGAUUAUAGGGACUCCAUACUUCUGUCACUUUUGCCUUUUACCUUUAAAAUCAUUGACUUUCUAAAUGGCUUACAGUGUCACAAAGCAGUGACAAAAUUAAGAAUGGGCUUAACUUAUUGGGAAAAACAGUUCCUGCUUAGGCCUGAGCUGAGAGUACAGGCAUAUCCAAAAGCUCAGCUGCUCAUAGUAUAGUAGAUACACAACAGAGAACAAAGGGGGUUUAAGUGAAAAAUAGUAGUAAUGUCAUGCCUAACUGCAAAGGUAGGCUUUCAAAGGCAUGGCCUUUUAUGUGUAGAGGAACAGAUUUUAACCUCACCUCCUGAGAGCACGCCCUUAUUUAUGUAUAAUAUUUAUAUAAAGAGCAUCCCUUUUAAAUAAUUAAACCCAGAGAGCAUAUCCACAACAGUGGAUGUUAAAGAGUUUUCUGAAUUU